CAUCCGCAGGGAAGGAGCUUUCCUCCUCGCUGCGUUCUGCGGCCUCAGGGCUCUCUCUGCGUCCUCGGGGACGUGAGGAUGAGGACGGCCGCGUGAGCUGGGUACGAGCUGGUUGCCGGGUGGGGAGGCAGAAGGAGCCUCCAUCAGCUCAGCCCCCAUGUCCAGGGGCGGGGAGAUGGUUUAUAUCCCAGACGACUCCGACUUCAGCUCGUUCAGGGAGCAGUGCGAGAGCGCGGAGGGCUGGCACUGCCGCUACAACAAGGCUGGCGUCACCGUCUGGAGCCAGGGCCAGGAGGAGAGCUGCACCGUGCAGAAAAUCAAGACCCGCAUCUCCUGUAAGGAUGUCUCUGCUGAGACGCUCUACGAUGUGCUGCAUGACACCCACUACCGCAAGAAGUGGGACUCGCACAUGAUUGAGACCCACGACAUCGGGCGCCUGACGGUUAACGCCGACGUGGGAUACUACUCCUGGAAGUGCCCCAGCCCCCUGAAGAACCGUGAUUUUGUCACCCUGCGCUCCUGGCUGCCCCUGGGCAAUGACUACAUCAUCCUCAACUACAGCGUCAAGCAUCCGAAAUACCCACCCCGGAAGGAUUUUGUCAGAGCUGUGUCCCUGCAGACUGGUUAUCUGAUCAAGGCCAACGGUGCCAGCGCCUGCGUCCUCUAUUAUCUCACCCAGGUGGACCCCAGAGGAUCGCUGCCAAAGUGGGUGGUGAACCGAGUCUCCCAGUUUGUGGCACCAAAGGCGAUGAAGAAGAUCUACAAGGCAGGGCUGAAGUACCCGGAGUGGAAGCGCAGGCACGACCCCGGGUACAAGCCCUGGGUGUAUCCAGAGCAGAAUACACUGCCCAGCCUCAGCCUGGCUGAGCUCUCCCUGCAGCAUGCUGACUCUCUGGAGCACAUCGAUGAGACAGGGCUGUCCGAGGAGCACCUCAGCGCCAGCGACCAUGAGGCCUGAUGCCUGUCCUGGUGGGCCACCAGAGAAGGGGCCACGGUGGGGAUUUGGCAGCCUGUGCCCCCCACGUUCUUCAUCAUAGACACCUUCCAGUGGGGGACUGUCCUGGGGGAGCCCAGUGCCCAUGCACUGAGGGGGUGGUGGCCCAUAGAGAUGUUUCCAUGCAGGUGGCAGUGUAGGCUGCAGGAGUGGGUGCUCCAAGGGGAGGUGAAAGAUUGGGGGGAGGAGGCCUUGUGGAACUGAAUGAAGCUUUGCCACCACCAGGAGAUACCUCUGCUGCUGUAAGACUUUCUGGGUGUGCUCCUUGGAGGUCCAGAAUGGAGGGUUUGUAUGGGACCAGCCCAGGUUUUGCAGCAGUACGGGACCAGAACUGUCCUUCUCUGUCACAUGUCUCACUCUCGGAGUCCCCCCAGGUUUUGUGUGAUCCCCACCUCUGGGAGCCCCCCAGGUCCUCUCCUGGGUGAUGGGUUCACCUCCGCAGGCUGCCUCUAAUGUUUGCUGCUGCAGUAGUUUCUGGCACAAUAAAGGGGUUGGUGUGUGCACAGCCGGGGAGCUUCAGGCUGGAGUGGGGCACUCCCAGGCUGCGCUGGGUGCUGCACCCUGGGUUCAGGGGAUGGGGGGAUGGGGACGGGGAUGCUGAGCUCCGCACAUCUGGCGAGGGCAAUGCUGGGCUCUGCACAUCUGCAUGCAUGUGGGUGAGCGUGUGUGGGCACAGGUCGGCUUCCGCCGGACAGCAGGGAGUUUGUCUGGACAGACAGUGUGGGGGGAACAAGCUGACACAUGCUGGAUUUUCCACCCACCCGUUUGCUGCUGGAUUCCUGCCUCGGAGUGGUUCCAACCUGCUGUGUGCUGGCCAGUGCAAAUGAAGACAUCACUGCUGGUGGUGCCAGGCUCUUCCCUGUCUCAGCCAGAUGCCCACUCUGGGCAGAGAUGUUCACUGCCCUCCUUUUGCCAUCCCACUGCACCACACACAUCCCCCAUGGGACAAGCAUCUCUGGGUGCUGCCAUUCUGAGCACUGGGUUAGGGCCUAUCCUGAAUGGCCUCAGCCUCUCCUUGCUUCCCAGGCUGCAGUCAGACUUAACAAGGGGUGAGAAGCUGCUGCCUGAGCACCAUGAUGUCAGCAGGGUUCUUUGGUGCCCAAGCGGACAUCACCUCACCCAGGAUACUGCCCCAAGUGGCAGUGGCAUUGGGUAUAUGGGGAGAACAGGGGUGGUGGGGACAGGGACCCACAUCCACUGCUGAGCUGUGAUGAAACCCCUGGCCUCCAGCAUCGCAACACCUAGGGAGCCUUGUGAUGCCCAUGGGACUGGGAGUGGGGACACCUGGGUCAUCCAUGGGGUGCUGGACCCUCAGCAUGAU